AUUGCGCAAUGCACUGUGCAUUCGACCGUGUGCACAAAACUCAAGAGAGUCCUCCGAAACUUUCAGCCUGUCUCGCUCGGCAAACAGGUAUUGAGCGGGAUUUCAAACAACACUUCCCCUUAACAUCCGGCCGGCCGAGCGCGCGUCUUGGAUUUGGAUGGACGUCUGGUGAUACGGCUAAUCUCUUCACGCAACCUCGAAGUCUGAACGAAACAGAACUGAUUUGGACUUAAUUUCCGACUGUCACAUUGAAGACCGCUGGACAUAUCUCCACAUUGGUUAUUCUUACACUUGUUAGGGCACCUUCAAACAAUGGCUCGUCUCGACCAAUGGCAUGAAGAUCGAGAGUUGGCAGUCGAGGUCUACGCAUCCCUGUGCCAUGAGGAGACCCGUAUCCUACCCUUCCAAGCUAAAUCUCCGCAGCUGAAUCUCCGCCGUUUCCUGGUCGAUUGGCUUGCCAUCGUGAGCGAGAACUUGGACAUCGAAAGCCCGGCUCGUCAUCUAGCCGUUUAUCUUCUGGAUCGCACCAUGGAUAGGUUUACUGUCAGCGGUGAAGCCUAUUUACAGAGACUGGCUCUUGUCUGCCUCCUGAUAGCAACCAAAUUUGAAGAGAAGGAAGUCAAAGUGGUCAAACUGACCAAUCUUGCCAACCAGAUCAACUCUGAUGAAACGGCCAAGAAGGAAUUCUUCCAAAUGGAACUCCUGCUCCUGGAUUUCUUUGACUGGAAUAUCUCAGUCCCGACGGCACUCCACUUUGUAGACUACUUCUUAAUGGAUUCUAUCGGGCCAAAUGAUCUUCAUGGAGGCAAACCUCUCACAAACUUUGAUGCCUUGAUUUACCUGGAGAGAUAUGCACAGUACUUCCUUGAGAUUAGUUUACAAGAUCACACAUUCUCCACAUUACAACCGUCAUUGGUAGCAGCAAUCUGUAUAGCAGCAUCUCGUAUAUGUCUUCAACUCUCACCUACCUGGACAAACCAACUUAAGAAACUUACCAAGUACUCCUGGGAACAGAUCUCCCCUUUCAUUGAGACCAUGCUCAAAGCACAUGAAUCAGACGAAAAGGCUGCCAAACGCAACACCACAGUCAGUAAGAAGACACACCAUGGAUAUGUCACCAGUACCCCUGCCAGUGCUCCUACUACGAGUAUACCAAUACAACCAACGGCAUGUUAAUCUAGGACGCGGAUGGUGUCCAGAUGUCAGCGUUCUUGAUAGUAGUAUAUACAUGUAGCGACUGUACUCUGCUUGAACGCUGAGAAAGGACAACAAGGUGGAUAUCAAGGAAUCUUUGCGUCACCUUAAAUCACACCAUUGCAUGUGCUGGUAUUGUUUUGCUCUCGACUUGAUGAAAUGACAGUGGUCAACAUGGUGCAAGCUUCUGUAGGUGACCAAAGGACAGAACUCAUCGAGAAGCUUCGGGAUAGAUGAUCAACUGCUACACCUCUUGGAGAUGGACCUUCUAGACAUAAAUGGAGUAUAAAUUUGAUGGAAGUGUACUGUAUGGAUUAAGGUUGACAUGUUCGUAUAGUUUAUGCUAUGACAGAACUUAGGAAUUGGUGAUCAAUGGCAGUACCUCUCAAAGUCAGUCACAAACCGUCCUUAAAUUUGGUAGGAGUUUGCUGUAUGAAGGAAGGUUGUACCAUGAAGUAGAAUUAUUUAGUCUUCUUCACACAUGCGUAAGGUACUGUAGCUUUGAAUGGCCGGAAUCCUUCUUUAUAGUGUCUUGUCACAUCAAAUUCUCCAAUUUCACCAUCACCGAAUGGGGAUCAGGAGAUUUGGUGUUAAAUCGUGCCUGCGGCACAGCUGAGAACAUGACUGUUAAGUAUAACCAUUGAUUUACUAUUUACAAUCAGGCUGAAGCUGGCUAAAAUUCAUGGGAAUUCUGUUGUUGCAGUUUGAUCAGGUUCUGACAAAGUACUAUUUUUCCUCUUAGAUUAUAAUGUAAAGGUUAUAUCACUGCUAAAACCAACUCCUGUGUUAUCUACCUCAACACAAUAUGAAUGUGGUAACUCAGUUGGAGUCUUAACUCUUAACAGAAUGUGCCAUUGUUCAGGACAAACUUCUAUGCAGGCAUGCUGUACGUAAAAAUGUAAAAGUUAAACAGGGUCACGUUUGAAAGUGUGUACAACAUAUCAUGUAAACGUUUGUGCAUUGGUUAGUAGUGUACACACUAUGAAAAGAGUCUUACAGCUGAAUAUUAUCGAAACCAAAGAAUACAUCUAUUUAUGCUGUAAGGUUGGCAUUCCUGAUUGUAUACAGAAGCAAUUUACAUGGCUCAUGUUAACAGAUAUAUGUGUUAACAGAUGCUUAUAUGUGUUUACAUAUUCAGAUGUUUUGGUUUUCAUAUUGUUUUUGAAGAAAAAUUUCCGUUUAAUCUUGUUGAUUUUUUUUUUUUUACACCCAACAAUUGAUGUGUGUGAUAUGUACCAGUCAGUGUUCAAAUCAUGUUUUGUUUUAUAAUAGUCUUUCAAAAAAAUGAUCAAGCAGCUUGAUGAUACGCAAAUAAUAUUCAUGGGUGCAAUGGACAAAAAAAUUCAUGAGGUGAAAGAUGAAAUGAUUCAUGCAACGAUGCAUAGCGGAGUUGAAUGGAUCAUUCAUUUCAUCUUUCAUCGAAUGAAGUAUUCUAUCCAUUGAUCGAAUGAACAUUCAUUAUUCGUUUUAUAUGACACCUAAAAAUAGAUUCUUGUCAUUUGGCAUUUAUAAAUUUGAAUGCGAAAGUGCAUUUAGUGCCAACGCAGUCUUUUGAUUGUCGCAAACAUACAAACACACACAUUGUGUAAACACGAGUGUUUUUACGCGUACUGCCGAUGGUCUUGGUGCGCGCUUGCAAUGGACAAAAUUAUAUGGAUCCUAAAAAUCGCACGAUAGAUGGAUCCAAAAUUGCAAGGAUUAUUAUGUCAUUGUAAAACAACCAGUCAAAUUACAAGGAUCUAUAAAGGUGUCAUACAUGUAUAAUCAAAAUUAUGCAAUACACAUUACAGGGAGUAAGAAAGAGAAGCAAAGAAAUAAAGGAUUAUAAUCUUUAUUCCUUUGAUGAAAAGAAGCCUUUCAUAAAUGAUAAGAUGGACAGUAUUCAUACUAGGUGAAGACAGGUAAUAAUAUUGUAGUAUUAGAAAUUAAGAGCCAAGUGGUGUAUGGAAUGGGACUCAUAUGGCCAGUGGAGGACCGGACCCGGAGGAGACAAAGCAUUGGAGGGGCACAGCAUUGUUCACAAAGAAUACAGUGCCCCUACAAUCAUUUGUCUCCUUCGGGUCACGGUCUGCCACUGCAUAUGGCUCAGCAAGUGAUGUCAGAGAUAUUCCAUGAGUUAUGCCCAAUAUUCCAUGAAAUAAAGCCAACACCCAAAAAAGAUAUUAUUAAGCAAAUUAUGUCAGUUCACACUUUCAGUUGACAGAACCCCAUCUCAUAAAAUGAUUUUGAUCCCAGAAAUUUCAUUUAUUUAUAGCUUUAUGAUAUCAUUAAGUAUAAUUACUGCUCAUCCUAUUUGCAUUGCUUAUAUAGCAUGCGUUCUUUAUUUCUCGCAUUUGUGCAUUCGUGGAAAGCAUGCAAUGUGUGUAUGACUUAAUAUUGAACACCAAGUUUUGUACAUGAUCUUCUGUCAAAUUAUUGUGCUUUAUUGUGCAAUACGCUCUCAUAUAGCACAGGCAAAUUUUGCGAACCAAAACAUACAUGUAGGUUUUGAUGCAUUGUAGAAUUACACCCCCCCCCCCCCUUCCCGAAAAUAUUUAAUACUGCAUCAAUUCUGUAAAUACCCAGCUGAAGAAUAAGUAUAUGCAUGUAUAUUUCAUGCAUCAGAAAAUAGCGAAACUUCUUUUUAAUACAUAUUUCAUACAGUGGCAAUUAGGUUUAAGUAAGUUAUUGAUUAUGUUUAAUAUUGUAUUCAGGUUUAAAUGACUUUCAACUGAGUUGAAAACAACAAAUGUAUUCAUUUUCAAAACAGAAAAUCAUUUUUGAAAUAGAAAAUUACUGUCCUUAUAUUGCUGAAUUAUACGAGCUUUAUAUGUUCAUUAUCAUUUCUUAUUGUUAUAUCAGCUGUACACUAUUCUACCUCAUCAACUCUAGUCCAGUAAUGUAAUCAGAUUGUCUUUAGUCACCUUUCCUGGGUUGGACUUAAAUAUAAAUUAUCCUUAGAGAACUUCACUAAGAAUUUUUCUAACCUGAAUUUGGUUUAUGGUUCCAACAUGGUAUCUACAUAUUCAGUCAUGCUUAACCCUUAAAAGGACUGGGGGGGGGGGGACCAUGAUGGCUCCCCUCAACGCUUCGCACGAUAUGUCCGAAACGCAAAAAAUAUAGAGCCGCAGAAUUUUAUGACUUUUUCUUUGAAGUCUCACGCAACUUUUGAGAUCAAAUUAGUAAUGUACGGGUAUAGUUUUGCAAAGCCACAUGCUUUUUUAAGAGACUAUGUCAUGCCAAAAAUGGCUCAUUUUAAUCCUUUGUGUACAAAGUCUAUAUGGGAGAUGAAAUUCAUAAAUAAAAGGGUGAUUAUUUUUCAUUCUAAUUGGUCUGCUUAAUUAAUUUGAUGUUUAAUUUAGUUGUUAAAUGGUCUGUAAUAAUUUCUAUUGAAAAGAACAAUGAAAAACAAAAGAUGAAAACACCAAAAAUACAUAUAAAGUUCUAAAAAACAAAGGAAUACAUAAGGAAACGUGGCUUUCGUAAUUUUUCUUUGUGUCCUUUAAAUAAGAUUGCAAAGAUUACAUUAGGGGGAAAAUUAAAAUUUGAAAUAAUAUUGGGUGUUAGAUAUGCAAAUAAUGUUUUCCGCAUAUAAAUUUGCAUAUUUUAUUCAUAAUAAAUUCUACAAAAUGUUGGGAAUUUUUUAAUGUAUUGGCUUGUUUAUGUGGUAAAGAAUGUUCAUGCCAAAUUCAGACGUAAUUGCGCGAACGGCGGUUGAGAUCAAAAGGGGGCAUCAUGCCCCCCCCCCAUCCUCAAUAAAUCUCAAAAAAGCCCAGUCCUUCCUUUUAGAGUUAAAACAAGAAGAGGAACGAAUUUACCAAGCUGUGACUGAAAUGUAAUCAUGUUAGCAACAUUAUUUGUGACUUUGGUUAUGACUCAAGACAUAAGUGCCCCAACAGCCAGAUCUAUAGGUAUUGAUACAUGUAGGCUGCUCUUUGAAUGAAAUGAAGAUUACUUAAACACCUUGGCCGUUAAUUUAUAUUUUUCAGUAAAUUAUAUUUAAAUUUGGAUAAUAUGAAAAUAGCUCAAUGAUUCAUAUGUCGUGUAUGAAUAUCUAAAGUGAUAUUAGAGAGUUUGGAUAUGACAAAGAUGUCAUGAAUGAUGAGUUUUGAUAUCUUAAGUGUUUUCUUGUUUGUGCUUCUUAAGUAAACAUUUUUUCUUUGUCAGCUGACCUGGAUUAGUUUUACUCAAGUUAAAAAAAAAAGUCCGUAGGAAUAUCUAUGUGCUUCAGAAUCACCGUUUCCGUUUUGAUUUGUUUAUUUUUUUCUUGUUGGCUAUGUGACGUUUUUUUGCAAUGAAAUGUAUUUCAAUAUUCACAACUCACUUUAUUUCAGGUAAAAAUAUUGUACUCGUUCUUAAAGUGUACUGAAAAAGAAAUAUGUUAUUUUAAUCAUAUGCAAAUGAAAUGCUGGAUUUAAGCAUGAACACUGCUUUAGAUACUUUCUCCCUAGAAUCAUGUAUAUUAUGAUCUGUUACGUAUUAAUAAUUUGUAAAAUAGAUAAAUAGAAAAUAAAAAGAAUAAUAUGAUUAGGUAUUCAAAGUAAGGAUUAAACACAUAUUUGUUGUGUUAAUUUGAUCUCAAAUACAUGUAAUGUGAACUAAGUGGAUGCUUCACUUUUUGUUGUAGACAUUCUGGCAAGUGUUAAAGCCAUAAUCAUAACAUAGAUACCUUUUUCUGUCUCCUAUAACUAUGAUAAAUUCUUUUAUAAUAUUGAUAUGAUAUUCAUUAUGUUGGAGAAGUGAUUUCACUGGUAUUUGUCUUGGUAUUGACACGAUUUAUUGAUAUUUAUGAAUAAGUUUACAAACAUUUACACUAAAAGCAUUCCUAAGUCUUGACAGUAAAGUGUGCUGAAUUGAAAUAAGUGUGUGUAUACAUUCAUCUUGUUUUGGAUGAAUGGAGUAAGCCAAGCAAAUUGCCUUUUCAAAUUGUUUUGUUAUUUAUUUUGUAAAGAAAGUUUUCUCAUGAGUUAGAAGAAAUGAAAAACAUUUAUUUAUUCCAUGAGUUGUGCCAAAGAUAAAGAAAUAGUAUGAAAUAUCUCUUUACUAUGUU